GGGAGGCUGCGGCUGGUUCUUUAUUAACGCUGUGAAUGGAGCGUCAGAGCGCGUGAAGGCUGCAGCCAACAGAGAGCCCAGUGCAUCAUUACCGCUUCAGCACAAAGGGAAUAACAGUCAUCUGUUGUUGGGUUGGGAUCAUUAAUGUGACCGGGAAAUGAUCUGUCUGCUUUUACACAGCUAACACUCCGGGAGGUCAUUCUGCAACGGGGAAGAAAGCCAGGCGCAGGUCGCCUUAGUGCAUCUCUCCAGGUCCAGACAACAAGAACAACAUAAACACACGGACACUGGGGUGCAGAAUGGACUAUGAAAGGCCCAACGUUGAAACUAUAAAGUGUGUUGUGGUGGGAGACAAUGCAGUAGGGAAGACUCGCCUUAUCUGUGCCCGAGCCUGUAACACCACUCUGACGCAAUACCAGCUGCUGGCUACUCAUGUCCCUACAGUCUGGGCUAUCGAUCAAUACCGAGUCUGCCAAGAGGUAUUGGAGCGCUCCAGAGACGUGGUGGAUGAUGUCAGUGUGUCUCUCAGGCUGUGGGACACCUUCGGAGACCACCACAAGGACAGGCGCUUUGCCUAUGGCAGGUCUGAUGUGGUGGUUCUGUGCUUUUCCAUCGCCAACCCCAACUCCCUCUACCACGUAAAGACCAUGUGGUACCUGGAGAUCAAACACUUCUGCCCACGUACGCCUGUUAUUCUAGUCGGGUGUCAACUUGACCUACGCUAUGCAGACUUGGAGGCUGUCAACCGAGCUCGACGGCCGUUAGCGAGGCCUAUAAAACCAGGAGAUAUUUUGCCCCCAGAGAGAGGACGGGAGGUAGCGAAGGAGUUGGGGAUUCCAUACUAUGAGACGAGUGUGUUUGAUCAGUUUGGCAUUAAAGACAUCUUUGACAAUGCUAUCCGAGCUGCUCUCAUCUCCAGACGCCACCUUCAGUUCUGGAAGUCCCAUCUACGAAAGGUCCAGAAGCCCCUCUUGCAGGCACCAUUUCUCCCACCAAAAGCUCCUCCACCACUGAUCAAGCUCCCAGAAUGUCCCCGCAAAAAUCAGGAUGGCCCCAGGAAACUGCUGGAGAACCCUCUCUGUGCUGAUGUUAUGUUCAUUGUUCAAGAACACUUCAAUGUUUUUGCCCACAAGAUCUACCUAUCUACCUCAUCCUCCAAGUUCUAUGACCUGUUCCAGAUGGACAUCUCUGAAGAGUCCCAGCGCAUGGUUGUGACAGAGCUUCACAGGCGAGAGCACCUGAUGCGAACUCUCAGUCUGGACACAGAAGAAGCCAUGGCUGUGCUUUCCAACCUCUCACCUAGUUCCCUACGGGCUUCCAAGAGUGAUGGAACUCUGAAGGUAAGGAACUUUAAUGGCAAGCACCACCACAAUAAGCUGUCCUUGGCAAUUUGGUGCAAGGCUUUUCAAAGCAUCCACAAAGAAUCCGUGGUUAAUCCGGUAACAGGAACCGCAGCUGUCAUGACUGUGGUGAAGAUGGACAACUCCUUCCAGCUGGCUCCGUUCAAAGCAGUACUGCGGUUCCUGUACACAGGAGAACUGAAUGAAAAGGAGAUGGACUUGAUGAAGAUCGCUCAGAUUGCUGAGAUCCUAGAAGUUUUUGACCUAAGAAUGAUGGUUGAGAAUAUCAUGAACAAAGAAGGCUUUAUGAAUAAGGAAAUCACAAAAGCGUUUCAUGUGAGAAAAGCCAACAGGAUUAAGGAAUGUCUUGCCAAGAGCAGCUUCACAGAUGUGGUGUUUAGGUUGGAUGACGGCACCAUCGAUGCCCAUAAGCCGUUGCUGAUCUCCAGCUGUGAUUGGAUGGCUGCUCUGUUUGGAGGCUCGUUCAUAGAGAGUGCAAAUAAUGAGGUCUCUUUUCCUAAUACCAGCAGGGUGUGUAUGCAGGCAGUGUUGGAGUAUCUUUAUACCAAUCAGCUGUCACCCAUCGCUGAUUUGGACCCAAUGGAAUUAAUUGCUCUGGCAAACAGACUGUGCCUUCCCCGCCUCAUCGCCCUGACAGAGCAAUAUGCUGUGAGUGAGCUGGUAAAAGCUUCUAGGGAUUUCCAAGACAUAGACGGAGAGGUUCUCAACUACCUGGAGCUUGCUCAGUUUCAUAAUGCCAACCAACUCACUGCUUGGUGUUUGCAUCACAUAUGCACUCACUAUAAUAACAUCUGUGCCAAUUAUCGCAAAGAGAUCAAGUCCAAAUCCCAAGAAAACCAAGAGUACUUUGAGAAGCAUCGCUGGCCUCCGGUUUGGUACCUGAAGGAGGAAGAUCACUAUCAGCGUGUGAGGAAGGAGAGGGAGAAGGAAGACGUGGUCCUGAACAAGCACCUGUCUCGCCGGCGCUGGUGUUUCUGGAGCAGUUCUCCUGCAGUGGCCUGAGAGAGAGAGACAGUGAGAGAGACAGUGAGAGAGACAGUGAGAGAGACAGUGAGCGAGAGAGAUAGUGAGAGAGAGAGAGAUGGCACUUCCCUUCCUGCUAACUGCUAGCAAGUUUCUGUCUUAACCUACAGAUAAUUUAUCUGGAAAUGCACUGAAAUCAUUUCUGAGCUUUACUCUCCACCCUGUAAGUCCAGCUUUACUCUCCACCCUGUAAGUCCAGCUUUACUCUCCACCCUGUAAGUCCAGCUUUACUCUCCACCCUGUAAGUCCAGCUUUACUCUCCACUCUGUAAGUCCAGCUUUACUCUCCACCCUGUAAGUCCAGCUUUACUCUCCACCCUGUAAGUCCAGCUUUACUCUCCACCCUGUAAGUCCAGCUUUACUCUCCACCCUGUAAGUCCAGCUUUACUCUCCACCCUGUAAGUCCAGCUUUACUCUCCACCCUGUAAGUCCAGCUUUACUCUCCACCCUGUAAGUCCAGCUUUACUCUCCACCCUGUAAGUCCAGCUUUACUCUCCACCCUGUAAGUCCAGCUUUACUCUCCACCCUGUAAGUCCAGCUUUACUCUCCACCCUGUAAGUCCAGCUUUACUCUCCACCCUGUAAGUCCACGUCCAAACGGUUUAAAGCACAAUUUAAAAUCUGCAUUCACAAAAUACAGGACAUCAAAAAAUGUAUCAGGAUGAAGAGAGAAAAAAUCCAAACCGUACAAAUAACCACUUUAUAAAAUGUCCUUAAUUUCUGUAUAACGUUUUUCUGCACCUUCGAAGUCAGUCAGCUGUUUAAAUUAUUAUUCAGAUUUAGCAAAUGUUACGAACAACCACAGAGUUCUAACUGACUUUGUGAUGCUUUAGAGUUCUGGCACUUUUCCUAAUAAAAGCCGUCACUCUACGUCGUGUGUUACGUCGUUCACUAAACAGCAGCUUCCUUUGACACCAGCCCUAAUAAAUACAUCAGGUAAAUCACUGCAGUUACUGAUCCGCUGUAUGAUACGGAAUCCUCAGCUUAGAUAGUCCUGUAAUUCUGUGUAAACAUUUAUAGCCGAAUAAAACUUCUUAUUAGAAGGGCUUAGCAUCACGGCUUAGUUCAGGUCUUACUUGAAACCGAGAAGCGAAACAAUCAAUAGCCACCGAUCACAUAUACUGUCUUCACCGUGAUUGUGCUAGGUGUUACAUGUAGGCUUACUGUAGUGGAUCUAAACUCUAUACUUUACACAUCAGUGAUUGUUCUGGUCAUAUAAAGGGUUAAUGUAGGUGAGUGAAUGUAACUGAGCAAUAAGCUGAAAGUGCAGGACUUGUCUUUCAGCUGAUUCUGUCAUGUGUUAAUCGGGAUAGAUGAUCAUGUGUGUGUGUGUGCGUGCGUGCGUGUGCGUGUGUGUAUGUGUUUGUGUGUGCGCGCGUGUGUGCGUGUGUGUGCGCGUGUGUGUGCGUAUGUGCGUGUGUGUGCGUGCGUGUGCG